AUGGCUGGAUUUGCCUCUACCAUCGCAAAAAAUAUCUUGGGGAAGCUAGGAUACCUUGUUCAUGAAGAGCUCCGGUUGGUAUUGGACAUCAAAAGCAAGCUGACAGACCUUCAGGGCACCAUGACAACCAUUAACGCCGUGCUCUUGGAUGCUGAAGAGAAGCAAUCUAGCAAUCAUGCGCUGAGCAUUUGGCUAAGGCUGCUCAAAGACAUAUUUUAUGAUUGCGAGGAUGUGCUAGAUGGAGUUGAGUGCGAAGUUUUAAGGAAGCAAGUGGUCAGAACACAUGGGUGCUCUAGCAAGGAGGUAUGUGACUACUUUUCAUGUUGUAGCGCCCUUGCAUUUCGUUUUCAACUGGGUCACAAAAUCAAGAACAUUAGGGAGAGGUUAGACAACAUUGUAGCUGAUAAGAAUAAAUUUAAUCUCGUAGAACGAAUUGAAGAUAGACAUGUUGUGUAUGUGAGAAAGGACAUGUCCCACUCAUUUGUUCGUCCUUCAGAAGUCAUUGGUUGGGAGAAUGAUAAAAAAAAGAUAAUACAACUUUUGUUGCACCCAGAUGCUAGUAGAAAUGUCAAUGUAAUUCCUAUUGUUGGUAUUGGGGGGAUGGGGAAGACCACAAUUGCUAAGUUGGCAUACGAUUAUAAACUUGUAGCUAAGCAUUUUGAAUUGAGAAUAUGGGUUUGCGUAUAUGAGGAUUUUGAUGUUAUUAGGUUAAUAAGAGAAAUUCUUGCGGAAUCUGGUGUUAGAAUUGAUGAAAAGUUGAGUACUUUAAAUGAGUUGCAAACCAAGUUGAGAGAAAAGUUAAAGAAAAAGAGAUUUUUACUCGUCUUGGAUGAUAUUUGGAAUGAAGAUCUUAAAAAAUGGAUUGAAUUGAGAGAUUUGCUACUUGAUGGUUCCAAAGGAAGUGGAAUUUUAGUGACAACACGUGGUAAUAAGGUUGCCUCCAUUAUGGGCACUGUUUCCACGUAUUAUUUGAAGGGUUUAUCCGAAAAGGAUUGUAUGUCUUUGUGA